AAAUCUCUUACAGCAUUGACGGAGGUCCGUUUUGAGGGUUUGAAUACAGCAGUUCUGUGUGAUUUGAAUUUUGCUCUGAGAAGAUGUCUGGAAGAGGAAAGGGCGGCAAGGGUUUGGGAAAGGGAGGCGCCAAGAGGCACAGGAAAGUCCUCCGUGAUAACAUUCAGGGUAUCACCAAGCCUGCUAUCAGGCGUCUGGCUAGGAGAGGAGGUGUUAAGCGUAUCAGUGGCCUGAUCUAUGAAGAAACCAGGGGGGUCUUGAAGAUCUUUUUGGAGAAUGUCAUAAGAGACGCUGUUACCUACACUGAACAUGCACGGCGCAAGACAGUGACUGCCAUGGAUGUGGUUUAUGCUCUCAAGAGGCAGGGUAGAACUCUCUACGGAUUCGGUGGUUAGACCUGCUUCUAACGGUGAAGGGUCUGUGAAUGGCUUUCUCUCCAACAAUCUGUCAUAUUUUUAGGUGUUUUUAAACACCACCUUUGCUGCGGAAUCAUUUGUUCGUCCCUUUAUUUGACAGUAAUUCAAAUGUAAGUAAGAUAACAAGGGCUGUUUUCGCUUAAAAUUGUCCAUUGAGCUGUUCAUAGAAUGAUAUGAGUGGCUAUUGAUGUGUUUGUUUUGUUAAGUUUAGCUGUUAAUAUUAGCAGUCUCCUCAAUCGGAUUAUCUUUAGAUGGUUAGUCUGCGAUUAGGAGAAUUUCUACCAAAAAACUGUUAGCAGUUUGUAAAUAUUUAUAUUUCUGUACACAGUUUAGACAAUUUAAUCCGAGCAAUUAAAAUUGGUGUUUUAA